CUGCACAAGCUCCUUGUGUUGCCCUUGUCCGUACUUAGCCAGGUCUGCGUGUGUGGCACCAGUUUAACUUCCGUCCAUGGCCAAGUCAAUGAGUCUGCUUUGGGGGGCCGGAUCCCCGCCCUGCUGGCGUGUCAUGAUCACGCUGGAGGAAAAGAAGCUGCAGGGCUACAAACACAAACUGCUGUCCUUUGAGAAAGGGGAGCAUAAAUCCCAGGAAGUCUUGGAAAUCAACCCAAGAGGACAGCUCCCUGCCUUCAAACAUGGAGACAACAAAGUGAACGAGUCCACCGCAGCGUGUUUAUACCUCGAGAAUCAGUUUAAGUCUCAGGGAUACAAGCUGAUUCCUGACGGUCCUGCAGAGCAAGCUGUGAUGCACCAGCGCAUGAUGGAGGGCCUCACCCUCACGGACAAACUCAAUGCCGUUAUCCACUAUGACUGGUUGGUCCCUGAAGAAGAGAGACACGACUCUGCUGUGAAAAGAAACAAGGAGACUUUGACCUCUGAACUGAAACUCUGGGAAAGCUACCUGCAGAAUGUGUCUGCAGGCUCGUACCUGGCGGGGGCCUUCUCUUUGGCAGACGUGGUCCUCUUUCCCAACAUCGCUUAUGCAUUUCGAUUCGGGCUGUCUGUGGGACGCUACCCCAAACUGGCCAAAUACUACAGCCUCCUGAAGGACAGACCCAGCAUCAAAACUAGUUGGCCCCCACACUGGUUGGCCAGCUCACAGGGUUACGACGUCCUCAAGGACCUCUGAAAGACGAAAAACAUUUUUUUUUUUUUUCAUUUAUUUUUAUUUCGAUCAUGUGCUCAAUAUGGUACACUCAUUCAUAGCAUAUCGUGUAAUCAUUUGGAUCAGAAAGGAAUAGGCUGAAGCUCUGAGCUUAUAAAUGCCUACCCUUUAACCUUCACAUUAUUAUUAUUUACACUUUCUACAACAAAUGCUUUCUAGCAUUUCCACCCAAAAAAGAAGCAAACACAAAACAAAAAAUAUAUAUAUGUAACAACAAAGAACCAGUAAGAAAAGAAAAAAGGAAAAAUAAAUAAUAAAUAGUCCUGAUUAACACGAGGACAAAAAGAUCAGUAAAUAUUACCUGCAUAAUUCCAUAAUUCUCUCUCUUGCAUCUUAUCCUUCAAUCUUGUUGGUAUUUACCAAUCAUGGUCUGUUUUAAACUAUUUUUAAACUGUAUGAUGUUUUUACUUUGUUUAAGAUUAUCUGGGAAGCUAUUCCACAACUUAACCCCUGUAACUGAAAUACACAUACUUUUAAGUGUUUUUUUAACUGUUGGUUGUUUGAGAUUGUGUUCCCCCCUUAACUCAUAUUGCCCAUCUCUAUCCUUAAACAGUUUUUGUAUGUUGCAGGGGAGUGAAUUAUUCUUUGCUUUGUAUAUUAUCUGUGCCGUUUUAAAUUCAACUAAGUCAGUCAAUUUUAGUGUGUUUAAUUUCCAGAACAAAACAUUUGUGUGAUGAUAAAAUCCUACAUUAUUUACGAUUCUUAUUGCUUUUUUUUGCAUUACAUAAAUGGGUUGAAGAUUGGUUUUAAAAGUAUUUCCCCAAAUCUCCACACAGUACGUCAGAUACGGUAAAAUUAAUGAAUUAUAAAGUAAUUAUAAUGUUUUUAGGUUUAAUAUGUGUCUAGUUUUUCCUUGAAUGCCGAUACUUUUAGCCAACUUUGAUCUAAUAUAUUUCAUGUGGGGCUUCCAGUUAAGAUUUGCCUUCAUCAAUCUAUUACAUGCUUACAAAUGUGUCGGGUGUAAGGGUCUCGUGUGCCAGCUACAUGACAGUAUUUUCCCUGAACAGAACUGACACUGGUCACAGUUGAUCUGAUUAUGUUUUACUGUACUAUCUCUUUAAGACUGUGAAUACACUCUGUUACUAGCAGUCCAAAA